GGGCGUGGGGGCAUGAGGGUGGUUGCGGUUUAUUUCUCUAAAUAAAUACUGUUUGCAUGCUAUGCAAGUGCUUGUAGUUUGUCGGAAAAGCUGGGGUGUAAUGAAGCGGUGUCAGAGACAGCCGCAUGGUUCUUCAGCGCCGGUGAUUAGAGAGGUAGUGACGGGGCGCGCUGCAGUGUGGCACGGCGAGCUGUGUGUAGGGAGAGAGGGGCGGAGGCUGCGCUGCCUCGUCAUGCAUAUUAUUAUUACUACAGGAUAAAAAAUGAAGCGUCUCCGGUUUGGUGGCGGUGUUUGUCGGAUCUGUUGCACCAGGGGUCUAGUGUAGGUACAGAACUUGCUUGGGCGAGAGAUUUGAGAUUCAGACAACUGCGUGUCUGUAUUUUAAUACUAGAAGGAAACAAUCAAUCUGGUCCUGCGUUUGCAGCCUCAGCAGUGACCUCUGAGAUCGUCACCGUGGCAGCAGGCAGAUAGACCCCCCCUCCCCUCCCAGCCUGCCUGGGUUGCUGGUAUCGCUAUGGUGGUUUACCAUCUCCCUCCCCGUUUCCACUGCUUCCUGCCCCUCUCUUCAAUGAGCCCUCGAUGUUUACUGACACCCAGCCCUCGCAGCAUCUCCUGAGCCCCCCCAGACUCUAACCUCCCCUCUUGCUAUGGACUGGUCUCUGGACGGACUGCGUGACCUGGUGGCUGGCGGCAUGCAUGCUGUGCGGGACUGCGACGCCAGCGCCCUGGCCACUGUGAGCUGCCUGCUGCUGCUGUUCAUCUGGUACUGCUACCGCGUGGGGCGCGAGCAGGCCGCCUCGUCCCCCCGGAGCUACAGGGCCGGAGUGCUGGUCCCCUCCAGCGCUUCCCUCCUCGCGGAGCGGGGCGACGGGGAGGGGCCCCAGAACGGCUACAGCUACUGCCACUCCCCCGAGUGCUUCCGCUGCACGGCCCACAGCGAGGGGCUGAACCAGCGGCUGUACCACAACCUGCAGGAGUACGCCAAGCGCUACACCUGGGCCGGCAUGGGCCGCGUGCACAAGGGGGUGCGGGAGCAGGGGCGAUACCUAGCCAGCCGCCCCUCCAUCCAGAAACCGGAGGUGUUCUUCCUGCCGGACCUGCCCACCUCCCCCUACUUCUCCCGGGAGGCGCAGAAGCACGACGUGGAGCUGCUGGAGCGGAGCUGGUCGGUGCUGCUGGCCGAGUUCGAGGCGGUGCACCAGGCGUUCUCCAACUGCAGCCUGUCCCCCUCGCAGGGCUGGAAGGCGAACAGCACCCCCCACGGGGAGUGGCACACCUUCUACCUGGUGAACCAGGGCGUGAGCGUGCCGCAGAACUGCCGCCGCUGCCCCCGCGCCUACCGCAUCCUGGGCUCGCUGCGCACCUUCAUCGGGAACAACGUGUUCGGGAACGCCUGCUUCUCCGUGCUGAGCCCCGGCACGCUCAUCACAGAGCACUACGGCCCCACCAACGUGCGGAUACGCUGCCACCUGGGGCUGAAGAUCCCCAGUAGCUGUGAGCUGGUGGUGGGCGGGGAGCCCCAGUGCUGGGCUGAGGGGAGCUGCCUCCUGUUCGAUGACUCCUUCCUGCACACUGCCUUCCACGAAGGCAGUGUGGCGGACGGCCCACGCGUGGUCUUCAUGGUGGACCUGUGGCAUCCCAACGUGGCAGCGGCAGAGAGACAGGCCCUCGACUACAUUUUCACCCCGGGGCGGUGACUCCCAGAACAGAGAGAAUGAGAGAACAUGAAAUGGAAGAGAAGAGAGCGAGCCAGAGAGAGGCUUCAGUCUUCAUUCAGACUCCAGGCUCUGUUUAAACUGUAUAGUCUUGAUAGAAACGUUUCCGUGUCUCUCCUCUCCUCCUGCUCCAGGCUUCGUCUCCUGGAAGUCUUCUGUUGAGAUUUCAUUGAGAUCCGGUAGAGAUGUUGAGAAGCUGUGUACACAAACAAUCCUUGCUCUCAUCCCAGAGAGAGAUGCAUUGAAACGUCCCUGCUGCCUUCCAUCAGCCCCCUAUCCUCACACCCAAAACCCAUUCACACCACGUAGUGUUACUUUCUGCCUGCCUAUCUAUCUGACCAUCUCUCUAUCUCUCUGCUGUUUUUUUAUUUUAUUCAUAAGGAGGGAGGUGAGACAGCUUUCUUUACAUGCCAUGGCUCCUGGGAUACUGUCCGCUGUGAUAACGCUGUGUCACAGCAGGCACAGAGAACAGAUAUUGUAUCUGGUGCCUCGGCUCAGCAGAUACUGCUCUGUGACGCAGGCAGACACGGAGAGCUGUUUGAGUCAGCCUCUGUUUUGCUGAUGCUGCAGCGGUGGAAUGCACAAGUGCGUACAGAAACAGCAGCAGUUCGACGUCCAGCUCGAUCCCAGUUUGAAGCCUCGUCGCUGCGACUUGCAGCAGUGGGAGGUUAGAAACAACACCUUGAACCUUUUAUAGCUUGGUAAACAAAUGAGACGUCUAGAAAGGGCAUUGACUUUAAGUCUAAGUGCUGGCGUUUGUUCUGCUGCCAGCAUUACAAGAAACCCCCCAUGAGGCUGAGCUCUUCAGCCUUGGCUUGUGCGGAAGGUUUUUCAAUGGGGCUGCACGCCCCGGGCUUGUCAUGUGUGAAUAGUCUCUGUCGGUCACUAGCUGAUCCAAGCGCUGAGAAGACACUCCUGCAAACACGUGUUAACGAGCAGAGCUUUUGGGGUUUGGCAGAGAGGGCCGAUGUGAUUUUUAACAGGGCUUAUCUUUACCCAGCAUCCUUUUUCAAUAGGUUGAAAUUCCAGAGCACAAUAACUUGACUUUGUGAGCCAGCUUAGUGUAUUGAAAAAUAGCUUUCUGUUGUGACUUUGUAUUCAGUGAUGCACUGAUUUUAACACUGAGGAGGCACCUGAUCCUACCUGGAUAUCAUGAGCAGUAAAUGACAGGGCUGUGAUAGACAGCGUCUUACUAGAGUCCCCUGUGUUGCUCUUGCUGCUGUAGUUCAGAAUGGUCAUACCGAGAUUUUUAUACAGUGUUUUUUAUUUGUGAUGAUUUGUAUUGUUUGGUGAUUUAGUGCUGCACACACACACUGAAAAUAACACGCGCAAAAGCUUAAAUUCUCUGUGAGAUGUGCUCGGGACUUUGCGUAGGGCUCUGGGGACUCUGUGAGAAUCACGGUGCAGUUUGACCCCUGCAGCAGCGCAGGCUGCCCUGGUUUGCAGUGUGCACGGUGGGGAUCCUUGCUUGCUGCACCAGCCUGUAAUUCAUGAAUCCUUCACUCAGGACUGUGGGCUUCCCGUGACGUCAGCAGGCAGCAUGUGGAUUCACUUUUGGGGCCCCUGCAAAUUGGGAAUGCAUGCACACUCGGAUGGCUUCAGUAAGCUCCGUCUGCAGAAGCAGGCUGGGUUUUUUUUGGAAUUGCAUUGCUAAGAAAAUCAAUGUAAUCAAUGUUUCAGCAGAAUAGCUGGUUUAAUGAAUAGCCGAGAAGAGUGAGAAUGGUGAGCAAAGCAGCACUCCACAGAGUGAACCUCUUUUCCUUGUUCUUAGGGGAGGGCAGGGUGGACUUGCUUUCUUAAGUUUUAAACUGAAGGAAGGAGAGUGGUUCUGCUGAUGAUGCAUUUCAAGUAAGCAAGGCUUUUUUUAUUUUAUUAUCAUUUUUUAAAUGUACAUGCCUCUUAAUUUGUUUAUAAUACGAUGUGGCAUCUAAAAACGUCAAGGAAAAAAAAAAUAGACGUGUUGUAGCCUUCUCUCCGCCGACUGUGAAACUGGAUUAGUUUGACAUACCGAGUGCGGCGGACUUGUGUUUGUUUGGGACAGUGGAUAGGGGAUGGGGAGGGGGGUGGAGUGACCACAAAAACCACUGUGUUUCAGUCCGAUGUUGAGCUCGGACAGAAGGAGCUUGCACCAGCCCUACGGCAUUUUGAAUAGGGCACGUGGACCAAAAGCAUUAUUGAACUCUCCGGUGAGCCUCGCGGGGAGCGGAUCCGUUUCACUGUGUUGUAAUCCCUGUGGUUGUGGUGUCGAGGCGGUGAUCCUGUUGUAAUGUGUCUGUGUGUGUGUUCUGUGUCUGCAGCUGGAUCCCCCACACCACUGUGCGUGUAGCGGAUGAACAUUCACCCACUCGCAUGCACACCCACACGCUACUGCACAUUGCUGAGAGCUCUCAGAUCUGUUAGCCGUGCUUCCUGAGGCCUUUUCAAUCCUGCAGCCCACACUCGUCUUUAUAGCUCCCAGUUCACUUCACAGCUUCCCAUACAAAACUGGUAUGCCACUGGAGUCAGUGUUUCAUGGGAAGACACUGGUAAACUGGGACUCUAACAAUCUACCCUUCACAAUUCAUUAACAGACAAGGGUAAAACGAUAUCCUGCCGCACAGUUCUGAAACCACAUUUAAUUAGGAGUUGUAUUCAAUGGUGUGACCCACUCUCUUGGGUUAACUGAGCCUCAUGUGCGAGAACACAACUCCAACCGCACUUUGAGAAAAGUUGUGCAACACUGACCAAACUAUUUUUGAGUUGGUGUAAAUUUGUUUUCUUUAAAGAUCUGACCCCCCACCCCACAUUUGCCAGUUUGAAAGGCUGGUGCCCCAGCCUGUGCUGGUUCUUACUCUGUGUGUCUCCUAUAUGUGUGUCUGCUUCUGUGUUGUUCCUCAGUAAUAAAGUGUUUGUUGUAAA